GUGAAGUGGCUUUGAUUUCGUGGCACAGGGGCUGCGCACCUCCCUCCCCAUGGGCGAUGUAAGCUUUCAUCCAGGGCGCUGUUUGAAAGUCGGUGACCCCAUGUAUAAAAUCGCGUAGCCCGUGCAAAUGAACUUAUUUCCCUAAUAAACAUUUCAGGAUGCCCGUUUGAUGGGGGAGUGUGUUAACCCCCUGUGUGUGUGUGUGUGUGUGUGUGUAGACCAGCGUUUAGCGCUUUCUCGUCUUUUCCUCGACUGUUGCCCCCGAAGGGUCGCCGGGUGAGGAUCUGGACAUUUCCAGACGGCACACGGUCCCUGUGGCAUGGUCCUGCCUUAUUUGGAGUAAGGACACUGUUUAUACCGCAGUUUUUUGGCACAGGAGGGUGAUCUGCGUUCGCUCAACAUUAAAUCAAGCCGGCAGACGAGCUUGGAGAGCAGGAAGGGGCCCUCGCUAUCCAGUCAGGUGGUGUCCUAGCAGUUGAGGAGCCUGUCACUCGAAGGUCACAGGUGGAAAUGCCAUGAAGAGUCAGUCGUACGUCUGUAGGGAGGACGUGGCUGUGUGCACAUAGCCAGGAUUGCUUCAGAUAGGUGCUAGGAGGCGCUGUGAGGCUCGGUGAGUGGCGUGCCAUGGCCUAGCAGCAUGGCGCAGCUGUACUUCCGGCGGACGGACAACUCCUCCUACAGGGACCGCAUCCCACUGCGCAUAGUGCGGGCCGAGGCAGAGCUCUCGCCCCUGGAGAAGGCCUACCUGAGCGCGGUGGAGAAGGGCGACUAUGCCAGUGUCAAGCAGGCCCUGGAGGAGGCCGAGAUCUACUUCAAGAUCAACAUCAACUGCAUCGACCCGCUGGGCCGCACGGCGCUGCUCAUCGCCAUCGAGAACGAGAACCUGGAGAUCAUCGAGCUGCUGCUCAGCUUCAACGUGUACGUGGGGGACGCCCUGCUGCACGCCAUCCGCAAGGAGGUUGUGGGGGCCGUGGAGCUGCUGCUGAAUCACAAGAAGCCCAGCGGGGGCAUGCAGGUUCCUCCUGUCCUCCUGGAUAAGCAAUUCUCAGACUUCACACCUGACAUCACGCCCAUUAUCCUGGCAGCGCAUACCAAUAACUACGAGAUCAUCAAGCUGCUGGUGCAGAAAGGCGUGUCGGUGCCGCAGCCACACGAGGUUCGCUGCAACUGCGUGGAGUGCGUGUCCAGCUCAGAUGUGGACAGCCUGCGCCAUUCCCGCUCCCGCCUCAACAUAUACCGAGCGCUGGCCAGCCCCUCUCUCAUCGCCCUCUCCAGCGAGGACCCCUUCCUCACUGCCUUCCAGCUCAGCUGGGAGCUGCAGGAGCUCAGCAAAGUGGAGAACGAGUUCAAGCAGGAGUACGAGGAGCUGUCGCAGCAGUGCAAGCGCUUCGCUAAGGACCUUCUGGACCAGACGCGUAGCUCUCGUGAGCUGGAGCUGAUCCUCAACUUCCGCGACGAUGCCAAUCUGCUGGACGAGGAGAACACCAACGACCUGGCCCGCCUGAAACUGGCUAUCAAGUAUCACCAGAAGGAGCAUUUUUUGUUUACUGUUCCUUUCAACCUACAGUUUGUGGCUCAACCCAACUGUCAACAGCUGCUCGCGUCGCGGUGGUACGACGAGUUUCCUGGCUGGAGACGCCGGCACUGGGGGGGGAAGUUCCUCACCUGUGUCUUCAUCGGCCUCCUGUUUCCACUCUUCUCCCUCUUCUACCUGAUUGCCCCCAAGAGCCGCUACGGUCUUUUCAUCCGCAAGCCCUUCAUCAAGUUCAUCUGCCAUACAGCUUCCUACCUGACCUUCCUCUUCCUCCUUCUGCUGGCCUCCCAGCACAUCGUGUCCACAGAGCCCAACCGCCAGGGGCCGGCACCCACCGCCGUGGAAUGGAUGAUCUUACCCUGGGUCCUAGGUUUCAUCUGGACAGAGAUCAAACAGAUGUGGGACGGUGGGCUCCAGGACUACAUCCACGACUGGUGGAACCUCAUGGACUUUGUCAUGAACUCUCUCUACCUGGCAACCAUCUCCCUGAAGAUUGUUGCAUUCAUGAAGUACAGCGGCUGCAAGCCCAGGGACAACUGGGAGAUGUGGCACCCCACGCUGGUGGCGGAGGCCGUGUUUGCCAUCGCUAACAUUUUCAGCUCGCUGCGGCUCAUCUCGCUGUUCACGGCCAACUCGCACCUGGGCCCGCUGCAGAUCUCGCUGGGCCGCAUGCUGCUGGACAUCCUCAAGUUCCUCUUCAUCUAUUGCCUGGUGCUGCUGGCCUUUGCCAACGGCCUCAAUCAGCUCUACUUCUACUACGAGACACAGGGCAGCGACGAACCCAAACCCUGCAAGGGCAUCCGCUGCGAGAAGCAGAACAACGCCUUCUCAACGUUGUUCGAGACCCUGCAGUCUCUCUUUUGGUCAAUUUUUGGUUUGAUCAGCCUCUAUGUGACCAAUGUCGGACCCGACCACAAGUUCACCGAGUUUGUGGGUGCCACAAUGUUCGGCACCUACAACAUCAUCUCUCUUGUGGUUCUCCUCAACAUGCUGAUAGCGAUGAUGAACAACUCGUACCAGCACAUCGCUGAUCAUGCAGACAUUGAAUGGAAAUUUGCAAGAACGAAGCUGUGGAUGAGUUACUUUGAAGAAGGAGGGACGUUGCCAUCUCCUUUCAAUAUCAUCCCCAGCCCAAAGUCCGUGUGGUACCUCAUCAAGUGGAUAAAGAAGCACGUCUUCAAACGGACUAAGUCAAAAAGACCCGAAACCAUUGGAACCCUCGGGAGACGUGCUGCGGAGAACCUCAGAUUAAACCACCAGUACCAGGAGGUGCUGAGGAACCUAGUGAAGAGAUAUGUGGCAGCCAUGAUCAGAGAUGCCAAGACGGAGGAGGGGCUGACUGAGGAGAACUUCAAGGAACUGAAGCAAGACAUUUCCAGCUUUCGCUAUGAGGUUCUGGGCAUGAUGAAAGGCCAUGGGUCUAAGGGGAGUACCGCCGCGUCAAGCCUCACCUACCCUGACCACUCCCUCAAAUACACACCGGCGCCCUCUGGGGGCCAGCAGAAGAAUAAGCUCAACUUGUUUGACGUCACCAACAUGCUGAAGCAGAACCCAGCUGGGUCCAGAUCACCGGAAGCCUUCAACGGUUUGGCCAAUGGGUCACUCCUCCUUCCUGCUGAGGGCCCCUCAACAUCCACUUCCUCUGCCCUACACAGGAAAGACUUCCCCAAGAAUAUUUCUGACUUCAGUCUGUAUCAGAGGCGCCGCCGGGGUGGAAAUUUAGGACACACCCCAAGCAAGAUCUACUCUGUCUCUGAAGAGGUGGACGAAUUGGACCCGGAGCAGCCGGGUCACGGCAGGAAGCAGGCAGAGCAUUCGGGGCCAGUAGCUGGAAAGGAGUUGCUGGGUAAAGUGUCCAGGUACCAGGAUGAGAAGGAGGGGGAGGGUAAUCAAGAAGAGGAUGAGUGUGAGAAGAGUGAAGAUGGAGAGGAGGAGAAAGGGGAGGAGGACUUGGGAGCAGAAGGACAUGAGCAUAGGUUCCUCCAGAAACAGGUCAGGGAGGAUGACAAUGACUCAUUUUUGUCAACAGAGACGUAGCUUUGUCUGUGCGCCAGAUCAAACUGAAAUGUGCCUGAGCGACAAUCAAACGUGGUGUGUGAAGGAGCUGCUUCCCGUUGGGGUGGAAUAGGGUGCAGGGUGCGUGUUUCAGCUGGAGCAGAGGUCUUAGACAAAGAACUGAGAAACACCUUCUCCUAGCAAGGCGGGGGGUGCCUCCUGUUCGUGAAGGGGGCAAGUUGCAACCAAACGCGGGCUACUAGCCCCUUCUGGGAUCUCCCUGACAGACUCACCUGAUGGUGAGCAGACCGACUACCUGAACAAAACCCCUCGCUCUCCAUCUCCCUAUUCACUGAUGAAAGAAUCUACUAGAACACAGCAGAUGUUCCUGUGUUUUCAGGUGCUGGGUGUUGCUGUUUUAUUUAUUUUUUUUGCAUGGAUAUUUUAUAUGAAUCAGCACACAAAGCAUCAGAUUGUGUCACAAAAAAACGAUUUACAUGCACUUUGAGGACAGUUGGACAUUUCGUGCUUUUUUUUUUUCUUCUCUAUGGAGCGAGAAAGACAUACCAUCGUAAUUCUUUUUUCAUAGCCCCCAGCUUGUCUAGCUAGUGCCUGUGACAUCCCCAGAGCCCGUACUCCGCCUUACUGAGUUUACUUUAGCACUUUACACCGGGUGUCGUUCAGAGGAUCGGACAGACUUCUUAAGGCAGAGUAUUUUUAAUUUGACCCUUUCUAUGCAAAAUAAAAACUGGACCCCCGGACGACUUCCAUCCCUCUCAUUCGCACUUUGUAUCACAGGCUGAGGGGUGUGCCUCUAUUUCAGCACGACAGAACCAGAUGUGCUAAACCACCGCCUAUCCUUGUACCAAGGGCACAAACCUUGCUCCUCUCCUCAGUGCUGUUGAAGUUACAUACCCUGACCUGUAUUCCAAGCACAGUUAAUUAGCAGUCCAUCAGUAUGCCCUUUUCAAAUUCUCAUUAAACCAUAUUGCAAUUGUGUACUAAAUGGAUUAUGUAUUACGUGAUAAAAUACAUGUAUCUGAUAUUAAUUACAGGUAUAUGUUUUUUUUAAUAUGUUCUACUUUUAAAAGUACCAUUUAAUCUGUUAUCAGUAUCUAAAUAAAUAUGCUUAUUUAUUGUUA